AGCAGCGCGCUCCUCUCCAGCCGGUUUGGAUCGCCCGCCCAGGCGCGCGCGGGGCUUGGCCUCGCUCCCCUUUUGCCACCACCGCUGCGGGCCGGAGGCGAAAGACAAGAUGCAGCCGGCCAUGUAAACAGGGCGGGCGGCUGGACCAUGGUGUGGGCGCCCGGGUUGCUGUCCCUGCAAUGGACCACGUUUCUUCUGUGGAUGCUGAACUCCCAGUUUUCCAUGCCUGUUGCCUGUGAUGGAUGUGAGCUCAAUUGAGGAAUUUGGCGUGGCAAAGAUAGUGCUGCUCAGCUUCAUCUCUGCAGUUAUUCUUAUGGCUAUCCUGGGGAAUCUACUGGUGAUGGUGGCUGUAUGCAGGGACAGACAGCUCAGGAAGAUAAAGACCAAUUACUUCAUAGUAUCUCUUGCAUUUGCUGACUUGCUAGUAUCAGUUUUGGUGAUGCCAUUCGGAGCCAUUGAACUAGUUCAAGAUAACUGGAUUUAUGGAAAGAUGUUCUGUUUGAUCCGCACAUCCCUAGAUGUCCUCCUCACCACAGCAUCAAUUCUUCAUCUCUGCUGUAUAUCUCUAGACAGGUAUUAUGCUAUCUGCUGCCAGCCCCUGGUUUAUAGAAAUAAGAUGACUCCCUUGCGCAUUGCACUAAUGCUGGGAGGCUGCUGGGUAAUCCCGUUGUUUAUUUCUUUUCUCCCUAUAAUGCAAGGCUGGAAUAGUAUUGGCAUCAUGGACUUGAUAGAGAAAAGGCAGUUCAACAAUGUAUCCAACUCAACCUACUGCAUUUUUAUGGUCAACAAGCCUUAUGCCAUCACUUGCUCUGUGGUGGCCUUCUACAUUCCAUUUCUGCUAAUGGUGCUGGCCUACUACCGGAUAUAUGUUACAGCCAGGGAGCAUGCUCACCAGAUACAAAUUCUACAGCGUGCAGGUGCACCAACAGAUGGGAGGCCGCACCAUCCUGAUCAGCACAGCACACAUCGUAUGAAGACUGAAACUAAGGCAGCCAAGACUCUCUGUAUCAUCAUGGGGUGUUUCUGUUUAUGCUGGGCACCCUUCUUUAUCACAAAUGUAAUAGAUCCUUUCAUAGAUUAUGCAGUUCCUGGGGAGAUAUGGACUGCUUUCUUGUGGCUGGGAUACAUCAAUUCAGGAUUGAAUCCUUUCCUUUAUGCAUUCUUGAACAAGUCUUUCAGACGUGCCUUCCUCAUCAUCCUGUGCUGUGGUGAUGAACGAUAUAGAAGGCCUUCCAUCUUGGGACAAACUGUCCCUUGUUCUACCACUACUAUAAAUGGAUCAACUCAUGUGCUAAGGUAUACAGUGUUACACAAUGGGCAUCACCUGGAACAUGACAAGCUUCCAAUCCACAAUGACCCAGAAUCCCAAGAGUCCUGCUUUUGACAAAGGUCCAAGAAUGGGAUCUACAAGGCAGGAUGGUCCAAAGAUGUUCAUACGUCAGGGAUUGAAUGCCAGAUCAAUACCAUCUAUAUUGCCAUAACACUGCAGUAUCAAUUUGACAUCUGCGCCAACAGCCAGCGUGGCCCUCCUGACAGAACAAGUGGGCAUAGUUUGUGGAGGAGAAGGGAUAUCUUUUUGUUGAUGCGAAGCCACACACGGAUUGUCCUCCUGCUUCAAAAUGCGAGGAGCAAACUGUAAGCAGCAUGUUUGCUUACUGCUUCUUCUGUUUGUGCCAACUAAUGUGUUUGUACACAAGCACACAUCAUUUUCUUAUGUGGCAACAAUCUAUUCCAGAAGUGCUAACGUAAAUCAGAACAUAGUUUUGCUUAACCAAAAUCUGGAGAUUUAUAUUUCUCAGCUAUUUUUAAUCGUGAGUCGUCUCUCAAGAAACCCUCCCCACCUGUCGUGAAACAACAAAAGGAAGCAGUCCCUCUGUAGAUUAUGACUCACCCCAAGUAUAUCUCCUUGGCCAGCUAUGCCCAAGGAGCAUGAAUAGCCCAAGGAGAGAUGAUGUUGGACUAUUCUGUGAAGAGACACUGUUCAAGGCCCUGCUCUCACCAAAUGGAUCUAUUCAGAAGAAGGUGGCCACUGGACUACAGGCGCUUUCCACCAAGACGACAUUGCAUUCAGUCCCUGCACGUAUUCCUGCCGAAGCACUUACCUCGAUAAAUGCUGGACAACAUUGCUUUGAAGGAAAAAUGGGUUGAGAGACAGAACAGUUAAGAAAAUAACAGUGCUCCUCUAAUAGCUCACUAAGUGCCAUCUUGAUGUGUAUGUAUAAUUGUGUGCAUUUGAACAGCCAUUAUCACUGAAGGAUGUGCUGCAAGGGAAACUUACUUGGGUUAAGCAAUUCAGUUGCUGUCCAUCCUAUUUUUGCCACUUGCUGAGGCAAAUGUUUCAGGGCCUGGGUGUGAAUGAACCUGCUUGGUGUCUUUGGGUUUAUCAGGGUUCAAUGGUAGUUGGUUUCCUAUGUGCUGACAAGAUUAGGACGUCUGCUGAGGAGGGAGCAAGCUAUCUGUCAAAAAGAAGGGGUUAAGAGAUAGAUAGCAAACGCUGGCAGUCAAUUGGCAGUCGCAACAACACUGCUGGUGUGAGAAAGGAAAGCAAGCAAAAGUUCAGUCCUGAAGGGGGUCUUCUCAGUUGACAGAGAAGACCCCUUUCAGGUCCCAGAACUUAAGCUGAAGUGCAUUGGCUUCGUGGGUCACCUGGUUAGGUAUUGAGUCAGCUGGUAGAGCAGCCUUCAAAUACUGUCUGUCUCUGUGGCACCCUUGGGAAACUGGCCUUCUGGCACAGGAGAUAUGAUGAUGGAAGCUUGCUGCUGGGAUUCUGCUCUGGAGACCCUGACAGGGCUCAUCUUACCAAAUGCUUUCUCAGCACCUAUAGAUAGUCCCUCUGUUCAGCUGUCCCUUUCAUAUAAUGCCAGUGCCAACUCUCCUUAUAAGCUGUGUCCUGCAUGCAGAUGUUGCAGCCUCCCUCUUGAGCACUCUACCCCUUCUUUUUGCAUGUUAUGUUGAAAGGCAUGGCUGAGGGUCCAGCAACAACAGGAGCCUGGUUUUUAGGCCGCUGGCAACAUACUGAUCCCACUAUGGACCUGUACUCCCCUUGGUGGAAGAUCUAACCCAAAGAUGGCAACCUUGCUCUGUAAAGCAGACAUUUUGUUACAUUGUGUAAUUAUGUACAGUUUUUUUUUAAUGUAUGGAAGAAAAGCAAACUUUAUUUAUUGAUAUUUUUAAAGGGAUUAUGGAUUUCCCAUUAGAGGCUUUUAACUAUAGGAGCUAAGACAUUAUCAUUUGGUUUUUCAGUUUUGGUUUUAUUUGGUUCCCUUUUCAUAGUACAACUACUGUAUAGCUUGUACAAAGAAGAUACUAUUGUUUGCUUGUUUAACAGGAGAUUAAAGGCGAUUCAAAGACCAUUUUACUGGCCUAGACUUGUUCGGAAAUCUGGGGAGUUGCAACAUGUGAUUGGAGGUUAAAUGGGCAAUGGCAAAAGUUCCUCGGUGGGUUCUCACGACAGAUACAUGCACGGCUCUUGGGGCCUUUUGAAAAUGUCCCCUUUGCAUCCUCAUUGUUCCUUUA